UGGCUCAGUGGGCCAGUACAGCUGCUAACUUGUACUGGAGUCUUCUACAGCUCAGAGACACUGUCUUCCUUCUGGACAACUAACUCAAGAAACAGGCAUGUACGCCAAGAAGGGGGACGACCAGGGGCCACCCAGAGGAAAGGCUUUUGACUCAGUAACCCGUGCUUAUGAGGAGAAGCAGAUCAGCCAUGAAGUUACGUUCAGUAAAUGUGAUGAGAACCAGGAAAACAGGAGCAUGUCUUCUGGAAGGCCCACCAGCUCGGAGAAAAGCGUUGCGACUAUUAUAUUCUCACUAAAAAAUGAAGUCGGGGGUCUCGUCAAAGCACUCAGGCUUUUCCAGGAAAAACACGUCAACCUUGUUCAUAUUGAAUCCCGCAAGUCCAAACGAAGGAAUUCAGACUUUGAGAUCUUCGUGGAUUGUGUCACGGACCAUGAACAGCUCACGGAGCUGACUCAACAGCUGAGGAAGCAUACCAAUAUUGUUGAGAUUACGCCAUGCCGGGACUCCACUUUACAGGAUGAUGAUAUGGGCGGUGUGCCCUGGUUUCCUAAGAAGAUCUCUGAUUUGGAUCGGUCUGCCAGGAGGGUUUUGAUGUACGGCUCUGCAUUAGAUGCCGAUCAUCCGGGAUUCCAAGACAACAUUUACCGUAAGAGAAGAAAAUAUUUUGCUGAUUUGGCUAUGAGCUACAAAAAUGGCGAUCCCAUUCUCCGUAUCGACUUCACAGCAGAGGAGGUGCGUACCUGGGGCGUGGUGUUCAGGGAACUCAACGCGCUGUACCCCAGCCACGCCUGCAGGGAGUAUCUGAACAACCUCCCACUGCUGACCAAGCACUGCAACUACAGACAGGACAACAUCCCCCAGCUGGAGGACGUCUCACACUUCCUCAAGGAGCGUUCAGGCUUCAUCAUUCGGCCAGUAGCAGGGUACCUCUCCCCCAGAGACUUUCUAGCGGGUCUUGCCUUCAGAGUGUUCCACUGCACUCAGUAUGUCCGCCACAGCUCCGAGCCUUUGUAUACGCCUGAACCAGACACCUGCCACGAGCUGCUGGGACACGUUCCCCUGCUUGCCGAGCCCAGCUUUGCCCAGUUCUCUCAAGAAAUUGGUUUAGCAUCGCUGGGAGCUUCAGAUGAUGCUGUACAGAAACUAGCCACAUGUUAUUUCUUCACAGUGGAGUUUGGUCUAUGUAAGCAGGAUGGCAGGCUCAGGGCCUAUGGAGCUGGACUCCUCUCCUCCAUCAGUGAACUCAAGCAUGCUCUGUCUGGCAAGGCCAAUAUCCUUCCAUUUGACCCCGUGGUGACCUGCAACCAGGAGUGCAAAAUAACCACGUUUCAAGACGUUUACUUUGUUUCCGAGAGCUUUGAGGAAGCCAAGAACAAAAUGAGGGAGUUUGCAAAGACCAUUUGGCGUCCAUUCACGGUACGCUACGACCCGUACACCCAGAGCGUGGACGUCCUGAAGGACACCAACAGCAUCAAUGACAUGGUGAAAGACAUCCGGCAUGAACUGGACAUUGUAGAAGACGCCCUGAACCGACUCAACAAAGACCUGAGAGUCUGAGGGUCAGAAGAGGCUAGCUGGGGUUGAAAGGUUUGGGGGUGUGGACCAGUGGGUUGGGGUUGGUAGGUGGGAGAUUAGAUGGGGAUGGGGGGUUGGUGAGAAGGGUUUCUCGAAACUAGGAUACUGACCUUAAUCCAAGAUGGAUAGUUAGACUAAACCGUAGUGAUUUGAUAAUCUUGAGUAAGGUUAUAAUCAUACAGCACUUAGUGCCUCCUUCAUGGGACAGGCCUGUAAGCUGCAAAGUUCACUUAGCCUCAAGUUAGCCUUUUGUUCUGUCUUUCUGUACUUACACUUGUUAUUUUGAGUACAUAGUGUGUGUACGCUGACGAAGUAUGGCCAAAUGCAGCCCACUAUAAGUAACCGAAUGCGGCACUCAAACGGCGAAAAUAUUCAGUGUGGAACGCUGGACACUACUCGGGAUCACCGGUCUUUGUAGCGACAGCUACGGGACCACCAACGUUUUUUUUACACUCUUGAAUAUUCAUUAAUUUAUUCAAACCUUUAUUUAACCAGGAUAAAAAAACUCCUGGCAAGUGUCCUGGCAAGUGGCAGCAGAGCGGUUUCAAAUAGACACAGAGAUACAUACAGGUAAAUACAUAGACACACUUUCACUCAUCAUAUUCAAACAACAAUGUCAUCAUAUUUAAAUACAUCGUCAAUAAAAAUGUGACGGGCGAGGAAGCUGCAGCGGUUGCAAUCGAAGCGGAGAAAACCGAAAAGUUUUCCAAAUGUAAUUUUUUUUUUCAUUGACUUUUUUUAUUGCAACAUCAUGAUUUUACACUCAAAUCCGUACACAACGCAGGUUGCGAAAAACAUUUUGAUUUAUCCUGUCCCUCUACCACCAUCCCUCCCUCCACCUUCUUCCUUACCCCCCCCCCAGCUCCCCUCCUUCCUUCCAACAACAACCAUUAUAAGAAUAUCCACUCAAGGAUAUCAUUGUUAUCUAGUUAGAAGAUUUUUUAACUUAGAUAUCAAAUCUGAUAAUAUUGUGUUUGGUUGUGCAUCGUUGACUUGUAAAAAAUCUCCAAAAAACUCUGAAGCAAGUGAGAACUUGAAAUAUCAUGAGGUUUCCAACAUUGGAAUACAAUCUUCUUGGCUGCAGUCAAGCUUGUUAGCCAGACUUUGCGAGUUUUUUUUUAUACAAAUGUAGUUUAUACUAUAUAUAUUGUUGCAUGCCAACGAGGCAGUAAUGCUCCACUUGGCUGCAAUUUAUCAUUA